UGCAAUCGGAAAACUUUUCUAGCAGUUUUACUUUCGCCACUCUCCACCCGUGGCGCCACCAUGCUAGUGUCAGUUUUUUUGGUGUGCUCUCUUCAGAAGGUGGCUGCCACUUUUCUCCCAUUCAUCCCCAAUUUUCCAAUGUACCACACGUGAUUGGACAAUUUAAUCAUUAUUAGUGAUCUAGUGAAGUGCUUGAGAUGAAAAUCUGGACAUCGGAACAUACUUUUAAUCACCCUUGGGAGACUGUGACGCAGGCGGCGUGGAGGAAGUAUCCGAAUCCCAUGAAUCAGGGCGUCAUUGGGACGGAUGUGGUUGACCGGAAGGUGGUAAAUGGCGUCCUGCACACCCACAGACUCGUCAGCUCCAAAUGGUACUUCCCAAAGUGGGCACAGAAGCUUAUUGGAACGGCAAAAAUCUGCUAUGCUAGUGAAAAAUCAACAGUUGAUCCUUCGAAGCGCGAGAUGAUGCUGCGAACGAUAAAUCUGACAUUCUGCAAGUUCAUCUCCCUGGACGAAGUCCUCUACUACACGCCACAUCCCACAGAACCGGGCAAGACGCUGCUGAAGCAGGAGGCCACGGUGACGGUCGAGGGAGUUCCACUGAGUCACUACAUGGAGGAACUCCUGACGUCCAGGAUAAGUUUCAAUGCGGGAAAGGGACGUCAGGGAUUGGAAUGGGUGAUUGGCAGGUUAAAUUCUGAGAUGAAGGGAAUUGCAGAGUCAGCGUGCAAGAGCACAGAUGAAAUUAUCACACAAACCAAGAAAUCACUGGAUGAUAUCACAGUGACGGCACGGAAGAAUAUGGAUGAGCUGAGUGCUACGACGAAGAAUAUGCACCUCUAACGGAGGCUGAUUCUGUGCCCAAGGCAGAUGAUAAGAAACAUGCCAACACAAUCCCAAAAUCUAGCUAAAGUAAAUUGAUAAAUAUUUAUUUGUAAAAAAAAAAUGAAAAUGAAGACAGGAAGCAGGAGAGGCGCGCGCUUAGGGUUAUUUUUUCCAAUUUUAUCAAUCAUUCGUUUACAAAAACGCAGCUUUCGAAUAAUUUGCCAAGUUUCUGUGACUGAGUGAUUUUGUUUUUUAUGAGACAAAGAGAGAGAGAGAAAGGGAGCGAGAGAGAAAGAGAAGAUUGCAAAGAUUUUUAAAAAAACAUUCUUUUCUCUAGAGAAAAAAAAAGCUUCGUUUUAGUGUAAAAAGAAAAAAAUAAAUUGAGAAAAAAAUUUAAAAGAAAUCCUUAAUUGUUCAUUAGAAAUCAAAUAAAUUGGAUGUUUUCCUAUAAAAAAAA